AUGGGCAAGGGUCUGAGGUACAAAGCCUCCCACAGGCCGGACUACCGCAGGGCUCUCCCCUAUCGCCGAUCCUGUUCCUCUUCUUCAACGCAGCUCGUGCAACGACAGAUCGACAGCCGCGGCGGAGCGAUUGCUUUCGUGGACGACUUCACCGCGUGGGUGACCGGGCCAACUGCGCGGAGCAACCGGGAAGGUAUUAAGGAAAUCAUUGAUGAAGCACUCGACUGGGAGAGGAGAAGUGGAGCAACAUUCGAAGCAGAGAAAACGGCCAUCAUACACUUCACCCCCAAAGCACACAAAUCAAAACAAGAGCCCUUCACCAUCAAGGGACAAGCAGUUGAACCCAAGGACCACGUCAAGAUCCUUGGGGUAGUGAUGGACUCUAGACUUAAAUACAAGGCUCACAUAGCCAGGGCAGCGUCCAAGGGCCUAGAAGCAGCAAUGGAGCUUAAACGACUUAGAGGCUUAUCCCCAUCUACCGCGCGGCAGUUGUUCACAUCAACUGUUGCCCCGGUGGUGGACUACGCCUCUAACGUCUGGAGGCACGCUUUCAAAGAUAAGGCCACCGGGCCCAUUAACCGGGUCCAACGGGUUGGAGCUCAAGCAAUUGUGGGAACGUUCCUCACCGUCGCAACCAGUGUGGCGGAAGCAGAGGCUCACAUCGCCUCGGCGCAAAGCCGGUUCUGGAGACGGGCAGUGAAGAUGUGGACGGACAUCCACACCCUACCGGAAACCAACCCACUCCGCAGGAAUACAGAUCGUAUCAGGAAAUUCCGAAGAUUCCACCGCUCGCCGUUAUACCAGGUGGCAGACGUGCUGAAAAAUAUCGAGAUGGAAACACUAGAAACUAUUAAUCCAUUUACAUUAGCACCAUGGGAGGAACGACUGCAGACCGAUAUUGGACAAGCCCCAGAGUCACAGGCAGAAGCUGGCGGAUCCAUGCAGAUCGCAGUCAGCAGCUCGGCACGGAAUGAGGUAGUGGGAUUUAGCGGAGUGAUUCAAAAGCAGCCGCCCAAGUACAAGAAGCCAAGACUAAAGACCUUCUCCAUCACACUUGGCGCAAGAUCGGAGCAGAAGCCAUACUCGGGAGAGCUGGCAGCAAUGGCACACACAUUGAAGACGCUACCAGUACUGAAAUCGUACAGAAUCACGCUGCUAACGAGCAACAAAGCGGCCGCACUCACACUGGGGAACCCGCGACAACAGUCGGGCCAGGAGCACGUUUGCCUGAUAUACAAGCUGAUCAGAAGACUGCGAAAAAAUGGAAACAGGAUCACAAUCCGCUGGGUCUCCACGAGUGAGGAUAACAAACUGUUGGGCCUCGCUAAAGUGCAAGCCAGGGCAGCGACCCAAGAGGGCCCCGUGCCAUACAUACAGCUCCCCAGAAUGAAAUCAACCACUCUCAAUAUCGCACGAUCCCAGCGAGGCACCACCGGCAAAGGCUUGCCAGAGAAAGUGGGCAAACACGUGAAAAGAGUGGCCGCGGCCCUCCCAGGCAAGCACACACGACAGCUGUAUGACCGAUUAUCGUGGAAAGAAGCGAGCGUGCUGGCCCAGCUCCGGACGGGCAUGGCAAGAUUAAACGGAUACCUCUACCCAAAUCAACGUUGCGCAGAUCGAUCAGUGUGA